AUAUAUUUGGUAUAAUAUUAAUAAAUGUAAUAGCCACAAUAAAUUAAAAUUAUUAAUACAUUGAAAAUUUAUUUGAAAAACAACUCUUCAAAAUUAUUUUGUAUGACCUUAAAUAUACAAAUUUUUAAAUCAUUCCUCCAUAUCUAUGAAAUUUGUCCAACAAAUACACAAUUAAAAAAUAUUAGUUAUCAAAUAUUAAACACAUGACUUUAAAAUUAACAAAUAUAUAUAUUUUUUUUAAAUAAAUAAAUUUUAAAACGCAAGUUAAAAUCUAGUAUAUACUACUACUAGGAUUAUGCCCUUGGUUUUUCAAGUUAUUUACGGAGGAAUGCCAUUACCUUUUUUUUUUGUUUUCUUUCUUUAAAAAACGCUGGCUUUAUAUAUAAUUAAUCGAAAUUCAUCUUUAAUAUAAAACAAUAACCUUACCGCAAUAUUUAAUAUACUUCCAUUUUUAAGUUUAUUCCAAGCCAAAUACACUAAAAAACUAACCAAUUAUAUAUAUAUAUAUAUAUGUAUGUAAUCGAUGUGUCAAUUGUAUAUGAGAUAUUGCAAUUAAAGAAUUGAAGAAAUCAUUCCUAAUUAAUAGUGGAUAUCUUUGACGAUUUUUUUAUUCUGUGUAUUGAAAAAUAUUUUUUUUAAUCAAUGAGUUUAAGAAUGGGUGUUCUCUAAAAUUGUUAUAUAAUUCAAUGAAUCAAGUUGUGGUUGAUGUUUUUACAAUCUCAAAUUUUAUUCUAUUAAAUAUGUAAAAUAUUUAAUAAAUUACACUAUGUUGAACAAAAAAAUUAAAUCAGUUUUUAUAAAAUUAUUUAAAAAACAUAAACAGUGCAAAGGAUCAAAAAUUAUAUUAUAAUUGUGAUCUAAUCUCAAGUCAAAAAAUAAGUUGGAACCUAACAAAAAUACAAAUAGAGCUUCGUAAUAUAUAUUUCAAAUUAUUUUCACAAACACAAACCAAUAUGACAAAAUAAGUUGCAUCUUCUAUUCACAAAUUUAAGAUAGAGGAAUAAACUAUGCAGUUAUAACAAUUUUAAUAAAAUAUUUCUCAUAUUAAUAUCAGUUAUUUAAUUAACAUAGUAUAAAGGUGGGUCAUAAUUCUUUCCACUCCCAGAAAUUUAGUACACCAUAAAAACAAAUAAAAUAAUUUUGAACUUCAAAAUAUAGAUAAAAAUGGAAUUAUAAUUUCUAUUAAAAAUAAAUUUGUCAAUCAAAAAUAAUCGAGUAAAAUAUUAAAAUACACAUGUUUUCAUAACGAACCAAAUAAAUUUAUAAUAUAAUUUGAAACUGUAAAACAUAUUGAUUAGGGUAUUUUUGGUAUUAAUAAAAUCAGGACUGUAUCAAUAAAAAAUAAAGUGAAUAUCCGACCAAAAACUUGUUGCUCAAGGCUGUAUCAAUAAAAAAUAAGGAUAGUGAAUAUGAGAGUAAAGAACCUAACCUUGGUGGGCAAGGCUAUUUCUCUGUAUUAAUGGAGAUGUUUUAGGCGGAGAAGAUGGAAGAUCAUUAGAUCUCUCUUGGCUUUUUGUUUAACAGCACUUAUCAUGUCUUUGUUUCUCAGCCGUCUCCGCCUUGAGGUGAGAAGAUCCUCCUCUGUUUCCCUUCUUCUCUCUAAGGGCUUCUCAACUUCCUUGCGGCAAACCCCUCCUUGUUCCAUCAUGGGCGCUUUUCCUCGUGAAGACGGCGGUCUAAGAAGACUCGCAGUUGCCUAUGCUCAUAAACCUUCCGUGACUCAACUGGACAAGGUGAUACCUUUGGGGUUGGGGUUGGUGUUUAACUGUUAUGAUGAUGACGACGAGGAUGAUGAAAAAACCCUAACGAUAGGGGCAUCUCAUGGGUGGGUAGCUACUCUGAAGAAAGAUGGAAUCCUGCGUCUACAAGACGAUUUUAACCCUGUGGCAUCGGAUGCAAAUCCGAAACGUAUCCCUCUGCCUCCUCUUGUGACUCUUCCUCAUUGCCAAACCAAUAUCAUCACCAACGUGUCAAUGUCAUCAUCUUCUCCAGAGGAUGAUGAGGACUGUGUCGUGGCUGUCAAGUUCUUAGGACCUCAGCUCAGCUUUUGCAAACCAGCAGCUGGUCAGAGUAGACCGGAGUGGACAAACAUUAAGAUCGAAAACCCUUGCUUCUUCUCCUCCCGUGUCAUGUAUUCCGAGAAAGACAACAUGUUUCGCAUUCCCGGAUCUGGAGGACACCUCAUCGGGUCAUGGGACCCUUGCAAUCCCAGCGAUGACCCCAAGCUGCACAAAGUAGAGUUCCAAAACCUUCCUAAGCUUCCCAUGGCCACACGUGAGCUUAUGGAUUCGUGCUUCACGAGCGAGCACUUGGUUGAGUCAAGACCCACCGGUGAGACUUUUUUGGUUAAGCAGUACAAGAAGACAGCCAAGAACAAGGAAGGUGUUGACAUAAUGAAAACAGAAUUUUUAAUGGUGUUCAAGCUAGACGAUGAAGGAAACGCUGUCUGCAUUCAACGCAUGGGAGAUCUCAACAUGUUCCUCUCAAUGUCUGAACCUUUCUGUGUCCUUGCUUCUUCCUUUCCUGGCAUGCUCUCUAGCACCGUUCACAUCUAUGAUUAUGAUGAUAUGGGAUAUGUGUAUCUGGAUGACUUCCCCUUCCACAUCUAUAGUGUAAGUGGUCCACAUCUUGUCCCUUAUCAGAUUCCACCUCAAGAUAUCAUCGAAAACUAGUUUUGUAAUGUUGUCUUUUGUUAUAUGCCUUCUCUUUGGAGAAAUUUCUGCUUUACUACUCUCAGGGGCAAUAUUACUUUUGAACUGCUAUAUCCAAAUUAUUGUUAUCUGCUCCUUUGAAAUUAUUUUGAUCUUA